AUGUCGGUCCAAAAACCGGAAGUCUCAAUAGAUCGGUGGAGCGCGAGUGUAAAUACGCAUGCGCAGCAGAUAGCGACAUUAAACCGUCCACCAUGGCUGAGACCCGCAGUGUCCAGGACCUCCGGGGAUGUGCAGCAGCAGCUUGUGGGCGACUCUCCAGAAUGCUGCCUCGUGGGCCCGGACCACGUGGGCUCCACGCAGACCAUCCGCCUGUCUCUGCGGGGCAAGGCCGUGGUGCUGAUGGGUAAACACACCAUGAUGCGAAAAGCCAUCCGGGGCCACCUGGAGAACAACGCGUCCCUGGAGAAGCUUCUGCCUCGCAUUAAAGGAAAUGUGGGCUUUGUCUUCACCAAGGAGGAUCUGGCUGAGGUCCGGGACUUGCUGCUUAACAACAAGGUGCCUGCGUCGGCCCGUGCUGGAGCCAUCGCCCCAUGUGAUGUGACCGUGCCGCUCUGGGUAUCACCACAAAGAUCUCAAAGGGAACCCUUGAGAGGAGGAGUCUGAGGCCUCGGGUGACGACGUGGGCUUCAGGCUGUUCGACGAACACAAAUGCAGCAAACAAACCAGAUUUGAGUCAUAAAACUAUGAUUGUAAUAAAGUCUUCUGCAAACCCUGA